AUGGCAGAUCCUAGAACCGCGCCUCGGGAAGAGGCGACGGAGGAAAGGACCGAACCGUUUUCCCAGUCUGAGCUCGACGCCCGCGCCCGCGUCCGAGCCGUCGACGUCGGUACCCCCAGCCCGGGCCCCGACGAGCACGUCCCGCUCGACGUUCUCUUGCUCGAGGACCAUCACCACCCCCAAGACAUCCGCCUCCUCGUCCGUCCCCUUGCCGAACUGCCCAGCACCAUUCCCGUCACCCCCUCGAGCGACAACUGUCGCUGGCUCGCUCUCCGCGCCGAGGUCGCCUCCGCCGAAGAGCCUUCCCACAAAGUCCUGGCCGUCACCCAGACCGCCCGCGACAUCAAGUUCUCCGUCCGCAUCCCCGGCGACCUUGCCGACGAUGACGGCCUCGCCCGUCCCUCCCUCUGGUGCGAGCUCUACUUUGAUCCCGCUAGCGACAAGCUCAUCUUUGUCAACCGCUCCGAGGUCCCCCUCGCCCUCGUCCGCCUCUCCCAGGCAGCACCCGCCAGCCCCUCCUUGAACGACUAUCGCAUGGUCUACCCUCACGUCACCAAGUCGUUGGCACCUGGUACCUGGCGCAUCAGGGUUCACGACACGGCCGUUUUGGAUUUUAGAAUUCUAGAGAAGCGCCCCAUCUCUGUCUAUGAGCAACGAUCUCUGAGUCAUAGCCAGAGCACCUCCUCCCGCGGCAGCUCGGCGCUAGUCUCCACUAGCGGCAAGAGAGCCCUCACUCCUGAUGAGGAUGAUGAGGGUGACAAGCGUGCCAAGCGUCGGGCAUCUCAAAUCGACGGUCGCCCCGCAGACGGCGUGGUCAUGUUUCUGAACCCGUCGGCAGAUCCCCUCGUCUUUUCGCUACCGAACGGUACCAAGAGGUCGGGCAAGGAACUGUCAUCAAGCAACACAAAUGCCCUGCUUCAGGCCGAGCAAGGUGACACAAUCUACAUGACAGGCAUAUGUGAGCUCGAUGAGUACCAGCUCAUCAAGCAGGAACCCAUUGCCUCCACCGCCCAGUCCGCCGUCUUUGUAGGCCGCCAUUCCAAACGUCCCAACAGCAUCGUUACCGUCAAGGUACUCAAGACGGUCAUGAACAAUUCGGACAAGUCCAACGUACAUGAGCGCAACGUCAUUCGGCAAGCCGACAUGUGGCAACGCGAGUACCAAACGCAAGAAAAUCUAGAGCACCAUUCCAUCGUGCGCUACUACGGUGGCGACGCCCGCUUUCUCUCCCUGUACAUGGAGCACGUCGACGCCAAGGAUCUGACGGUUCAAAACCGCUGGAGAAGCAGGCAAGAUGACCACUUUAUCGGAUCACGAGAAGACGCCGCCCGCAUCUUGCGAGACAUUUCGGGCGCUCUGAGCUACAUCCACAGUCGCCAACUUGUCCACAACGACAUCAAGCCCGCCAACAUCCUAUACGCCCUGGACCGUGGUGCCGUCCUGUGCGACUUUGGCAUGUCCACCGUGAGCUCGAGCCCACCCGGCGGUGGUGGCACGCCGUACUACAUUCCUCCCGAGUUCAUCGGGCGGAAGCUUCGCGGGCCGGCCGCCGACGUUUGGGCCAUGGGCGUCACCAUGCUAUACCUGUUGGGCAAGUUACCCCUGCCCGAGAGCCGCGCCAGGCCACAGAGCGGCAACAAUCAGCUCUACUGGCUGAUUGCUGGUGUCAAUAACCCACAGAUAGUGCAAAAGUACGGCAACGGCCAACCCGCUAUCCUGCAGAUGCGCACCUGGCUGACUGAGGUUCACGAUGCGGCGCAAGUGCUCAACAAGGAGGACCGCCUGGAGCGCAUCGUCAAGGAGAUGCUCACACCAAACCCUGCUCAGCGCAUCACCAUGGCUUCGGUCUUUGAGCAACUCACCACGGAGCCCAUCGCUGCCUUUGCUUAA